AUGGCCUGGGCACAAAAUUGCAAGUGUCCUCUCUAUUUAGCUCUAUGCUGCGCUGAUACCGUGAAAGAAGGGCCUAGGAACAUGAGUUCGAGUGUAAGCAACUUGUACAACUACAGCCUGUAUACCAUAGAGAAAGAUGGCAAAACCGUGAAGCUCAAACCAUCACAGCUAACUACUCAAGUUAUUGGUAAAGUGUUUGGACUGUUCCCCGAUUCCAUUAUUUUGAUUUCUGACGAUGGGUUUGUGGAAACACCAGACCAUGAGGGAAAGUUUCUUGAUGUAGAUGACCUAUCAAAGUGGGUUGUGAACGGGGAUUCGCUCAAGGCAGAUGGUUUGCCUCAAGACCAGCAAGUAGCCUCUUUCUCUUACCAGCCUCCUUCACAAGCAACAUCACAAGCAACAUCACGAAAAAGAGGACGACCGCCAAAAUGGAGUCCAAAGUUCACGUCAGCCUUGCUAGGUGCAAGCUCUGCCUCAGGACAGAAGCCACCUGGAGUUCGAGCUCGAGCUGAACCGAGUGUUGAUGGUGCAGGCCCUUCCACAAUGUCUUCAAGUUCUAGCAGCCGUCCCGAAUGGAGAAAGUAUAUUGAGGUGUGCAAAUGGAAUGAAGCUGAUAAACAAUGGAAGAAAGUGAGCAAUGUCCCCAUCGACCUUUCUGAGGAAAUUGCCAGCGUUCCAAAUGUGUCGAAGAUGGUUAGUGACGAGCUAUUCAAUGGUGAAGAAUGCGUACUUAUGGACAUAGACUACCUGAAGAUACCGAAUACUUCUACUACUCGAGGAUCAAGGUUUUGGAAAACCUCCAAACGUAUUCGAGCCGUUAGAAAAUCUGAAGUAAAGAAAGGAAGGGUUAUUUCCUUGGACUCGAGCUCUGAUAGUGAUUUUGAUUUUGCCCCACAGCACAGAGCAAAAAAAAUGUCUCUACCAUUGGCACCAUCUUCCCUAGGCACUAUGGAUAAAACUGUAUUCGAAUGCCUCGUAUGCAAGUCUCAGACAUCAUUCCCAGCUGUGGUGUCUCCCUGUUGUUAUUUUGGGGUGUGAGGUGUGUGUGGCACAAUGGCUGGAGGCCCAGUCAACCUGCCCACAUUGUCGUGCCUCUUUGACUCUCAAGGACUGCCCAAAGUUACCCCUUGUAAGAAGCUUCCAAGAAUUUCUUCGAAAGCAUACGCCUUCUCCAUUGUCAAGCUCUGACUAAUGAACAUUUAUUGGUGAACUUGUAUCCCUGUUGUGUUUUCAUCAAGAGUAUAUGUAUACUCUUGUUUCAUGCAUUUAUUCUUAUUCUUAUUCUUAUUCUUGUUAUUAUUAUUAUUAUGUGAACUUCA